AAAGCGGCUAGCUAUAGGGGAAGGGAAUGAUGAACAUGUACAGUUGACUGGGAAGACUUAGAAACCUCUAUAAAUGAAGGCGCCAUUAAUCAUCCCAAAUAUUAUAAGUGAGCGACCGAUCCAUCGAAAUAUGGUUUGUUCUAAGAACACCAUCGCUGGCUGGAAACUGGUGGUGGCAGUGGCGGUGAUGAUCGUGUUCGUACUUCUCUCGUCAACCCCAGCAAUGGCUUCCAGAGUCCUACUGGAAGUUGGAGUCGUCAAACCAGAUGGCUGGGAUUGGCCACACGGAGGAGGUUACCAUCCACCAGGCCAGAAGGAUUGAAGAGCCCAAAGAAAAGAUGCUUUCAUCGAUGCACUCUUAGCUUGCUGCAUACCGCUAAGGCCAGCCAUGGUGAUCAUAUAUUACAUAUGUCGAUGUUGUUUUCUCGUAGUAACUUUUGGUGUAAUAAUUUCCGCAUACUAUGCGUUUUGCUAUUGUGGUAACUGUGUUUAUUUUAAUUCGAUGUUACUUGAACUUUGUAUGUACUUUUGUUGUUUAUUGUGUUGUUGUCCAACUUCUAUACAUGUACGGUGUACCAGUGCUCUUGUUCUACUACGUCCGUCGUGUGAUGAAUAACAUGUUACGGGAGUUUAUGAGAUUGGAGAGGUGGGAUUGGUGGGAGAACAGGAGGAACGAACGGAGAAGGAGAGCGAGGGAGCUGGCUAGGUUUGGGCAAAUCUUCCUUGAUUUGAUUCAUAAUUAUUCCCAAAUCGAACUACAAGAAUACUUGUACAAUUCAGCUUUAUUAGGAUUGGGUUGGGAGCACCAACUAGGAUUGGUGUAUAUGGUGCACCCACCCAAUCCCGUCCUGCCACAUGUCCUGUAAUUAUUAGCAUCCAAAAUUAAAACUAAGAAAUCCUAUUCUCUUUCUUAGUGCGGUGCUGCUUUUGCGCUGCUG